GAAGAUAUAAAUUGGAUUGACUAGAACUGUUCUGUUGGUGUAAAAGGCGAGAGAAAGUUUAACGAAGAAAUUAACCUGCAGCCAACUAUGAUGGACGAAGAAAUGAAUGCAAGCAUUUUUAUACGUUGCGACGGCUUAUACAUCACUUACUACUCAAGAUAUCCUUCUGAAGGAAUAUAUCGAUCAAUAGACCUUCUUGUUAUCGUUACAAACAUUUUGCUAUCUGUGAUCGGUAGCAUUGCUAAUGGAGCAAUAAUAGCUGCAUAUUAUCGAAACAAAAGACUGAGAAAUGAACACAAUAUGUUACUAUGUGUUCUCGCUUGUACUGACAUUAUAGUGACAGCUAUUUUACAACCGUUGUUCGUCAUCACAAAAUUUGGAAAUUUAUUAGCAAGUUUUGACUCAUGUGUCUUGUGGAACAUCAACAGUUUAGUUUCCUAUGUUUGCCUGUGUGUUUCAAUGUUAUGCUUGGUUUUGAUAAGCAUGGAGAGAUUUGCUGUUCUUUAUUACGCCUGUCGUUACAAAACUAUAGUGACACAUCGUCGUAUUAAGGUGGGCGUAUGCUGUUCAUGGCUCCUAGUGUUGCUUGUAGCGUGUUUACACAUCACAGUACGUGUGCAUCAAGUAACAUUCAUGUUCUACGCCAUCCUCUCCUUAUUCUCAAUUGUGAUUUGUGUUUACCUGGGCGUGUACACUGAGAAGCUGCUUCGUCAUCAUCGCAAGAGCAUUAAACACAACCAGGGGGUGACAAUGAACAGAAAUCAAAUCAAAGCUCAAAAGAAAACCGUCCUUUUGACCAGAACCGCGUAUUUUAUUGGUGGGACGUUAUUGGCUUGCUAUCUCCCAGGCAUUGUCAUGCUAGUUUACGAGGGAGUAAAAUACAGCACAGAUCCUGAUUUCUAUUUCAUAGUACGACCAUGUAUUAUCACACUCAUGUACGUCAACUCAGCUCUAGAUCCAUGUUUAGUAUUGUGGAGAAAUAGAGAAAUACGAGAGACUGCUGCCCACGUAUUUGACAGAACAAGAUGGGGUGGUUCUAACUCAUCAAUGUGAUGAAUAAAAUCUGAUCAAUGUGAUGAAUAGAAUCUAUCAACUGAGCCGGUUUCACGGGCCUGGGUGAUGCGAAAGAUAACAAUUAUUUAUCGAAUUGUUAAUGCAAGAUCUACAACUGGAUCAUGAGUUUCAUAGAACUACACGGAUGUCCUCCGAACUUAGUCGAAUCGAGUCGACAAGUAGUCAGUGGAAUGAUAUGAGAGUUCAUCGCUGUUACGCUCAAACUAUGAUUCAGCAAUCAGAUGCAAUAGUAGCGUGCGCGCCUGGCUUGUAUCUCCACGCGGGAGAUUAUCCUAAUCACAAUAUUCACGGCUGUGUCACGUUUUUACUUAUUGUUCAUGUAUUACGUCAUUCUAUUACGUCACUGUAUUUAUUUCCUGUGCGCGAUCAAAUUGUAAUGUGUAGAAUUUGAGUGUACAUGCUGUGGCUAAGUGUGUACGAAGUAACACAUCAUAUAAAUACAUAUAACAUAUGCUGUUCACUGAAAAUCUUUGAAAGAUUGAACGGUGUCUGCUCAUAAAUGAUGUCAUAUAAUGAUGGCAUGUCAGAAAAGACCACUCUAGGAAAAUAAUCCUAACUUCCUAUCGAGUAUCACUUUAAUUGUUUUACUGAUCCAAUGAUGCGCGCGUGAUCGCUUAGUCUAUUUCUAGCAGUGAAUGUAAAAUAAAAC